ACACAAUCCCAGUACAGCUGCUUAGUGUGAUUCCCUCCUGUCAUACCACUUCCUGUAUGACCGGGCAAUGUUUACAGUCGCACCUGGUGAUUGGUGGACGACGUCAUUCUGGAAACGUGACUGACAGGCUGCUCGGCCAAUCAGAAUCACUCCGUCCUCUGCAACAAGGCCCACAGGUGUGUUGACUGGUCGACCAGUUAGUCUCCUCCCCCACAUGACGUGGUGCGAGAAAGUUCAAAAUCUGUACGGACAUCUUCCUUCCAUCCUGUCAAACACACACACAGACACACACAGGCAGCACAGAGGUCCACACACACACACACACACACACAGACACACACCUGGCUGCUGAAGUCAUGUCAGGAACACAAAGAACACUCACUCAAAAUCCUCUGGAGAAAAUAUGGGUGCCAUCAUUGAAAAGCAGACUGAGCCAACGCAGAGGCUCGUCGGUGCCCCAGUUCACCAACUCUCCGACCAUGAUAGUGAUGGUGGGACUCCCGGCACGAGGGAAGACCUACAUCUCUAAGAAGCUCACCAGAUACCUGAACUGGAUCGGAGUUACCACUAAAGUGUUCAAUGUCGGCCAGUAUCGCAGAGAUGCUACACGUUCCUACAACAGCUACGAGUUCUUCAGACCAGACAACGCAGAGGCCAUGAAGAUACGCAAAGCCUGUGCCAUCGCUGCCCUGAAGGAUGUGUGUGAUUACUUCACCAGAGAGCAGGGUCAGGUCGUGGUUUUCGAUGCCACGAACACGACCCAGGAGCGGAGAGAGGUCAUCCUCAGCUUCGCCAAAGAAAACGGUUACAAGGUUUUCUUUGUAGAGUCAAUAUGUGACGAUCCAGACAUCAUUGCUGAGAAUAUUAAACAAGUGAAGCUGAGCAGUCCAGACUACGCCGACUGUGACAAAGAGGAAGCUGUGGCCGACUUCCUCAAGAGGAUCGAAUGUUACAAGUUGACCUAUCUGCCCCUGGACGACGACAAGGACAGGAAUCUGUCUUACAUUAAGAUCUUCAACGUGGGCAGCAGGUACCUGGUGAACCGGGUCCAGGACCACAUUCAGAGCAGGAUCGUCUACUACCUCAUGAACAUCCACGUCACCCCGAGAUCCAUCUACCUGUGUCGCCACGGCGAGAGCGAGCUCAACCUCGUGGGUCGUAUCGGGGGGGACUCCGGGCUGUCACCUCGCGGGGCAAAGUUUGCCAGUGCUCUGGGUGCAUACAUGCGAGGGCAGCGCAUCAGCGACCUGAAGGUGUGGACCAGUCACAUGAAGAGGACCAUCCAGACGGCCGAGGCUCUGGGAGUCCAGUACGAACAGUGGAAGGCCCUCAAUGAGAUCGAUGCUGGUGUGUGUGAGGAGAUGACCUAUGAGGCCAUUCAGGAGAAUUACCCAGAGGAGUUUGCACUGAGGGACCAAGACAAGUAUCGCUACCGCUACCCUAAGGGAGAGUCGUACGAGGACCUGGUCCAGCGCCUGGAGCCCGUCAUCAUGGAGCUGGAGAGGCAGGAGAACGUCUUAGUCAUCUGUCACCAGGCGGUUAUGAGAUGUCUGCUCGCCUACUUCCUGGACAAGAGCGCCAAUGAGCUUCCGUACCUGAAGUGUCCUCUGCACACGGUUCUGAAACUCACCCCCGUCGCCUACGGUUGUAAAGUGGAGUCCGUCUUCCUCAAGAUUGAAGCUGUCAACACACACAGAGACAAGCCCGAGAAUGUGGACGUGGACAGAGACCCAGCGGAGGCGUUGGAGACGGUGCCCGACCACAUCUAGAGGAGGAAUCAGACCAGCGAGCUGGUUUCAGCUCCAUCCACCCUGAUGGAAAGAGGCCUUAUUUUUAACUGAAGUAAUUAUAGUGAUCGUUGUUAAUGUGUAAAACUCCUCGAUAAUGAGAGUGAGACAUUUCUCAGCCUAUUUCCAUUGUAAAUGCACUUUAUUUAUAAUGUAGGGCUCAGGCCACAUGUCAGACAGGAAGUGGAGGCUUAGCUUAAAUAUGUGAAGCGGGGAAACGGCUAGCUUCGCUGUGAUUGAAGGCUGGUUAAAGCUAGCUGGUUAAAUUAAGCUAAACAAUUAACACGCUAUGUCUCGGUUAACCCCUCGGAAGAGAAAACUAAACCAUGUGUUUUUACUGUUGCGUUAGUUAGUCUGGCGAUGUCACCACAGGCCGCUACGAACUGUGAGGCACGGGUCAUGUGACAUGAGAGCGUAGCUGAGCUCUCGCUUACGGUGGCCGAGAGCUCAAUGCACAUCUCAAUGAAAAAAACACGUGUAAAUUAAAAAAACAACUUUAAUUUGACGAGACAUGCGCUGCAGAAAGUCACAACACGUGCAAAUACAGAAACAACGGAAAUGUUCCCAAAGCAGUGAGGAACCUGCUGUCGUUCAACGCUUGUGAAGUUAUGGAAGUCUGCUUCUCGUCAGUGCUGAUGGAACUUCACAAAGUAUCGAACUACAGCGAUGAGACUUUUCUCCAUGUCGCCCGUCCCGAGCUACAAGUCCGACGAGACGGUAAGCUGCGGAAAGUAGCCUUCAGAAGUCUCCAUAGAUUAAGGGACACUAUGGAGCAGAGGAAUCUGUCACCCAGAGAUAGUCCACCCCCUGGUUUUUGUUACCUUCCGACAGCGGCUAGCAGUUUCCCCCUUUAUCUUUAUGCUAAGCUAAUCACCUAGUUAUCGCCUCACGUUUAGCACACAGACAUAAGUGGUAUCGAUGACACCAUGAUGUGCCUCACGUAAUUUAAGACACAUAACUCUAUGCACCCGACAUGCAGACACACACCAGGUGUAGUGUGUUUGUGUUGUUGUAUGUUUUUAAUGGACCUCGGUCAUUUUAAUAAGUAACACAAGGGGAUCUGGUGCAAUACUAAUAAUUGUGGUGCAACGUGUCAGUUUUUAAAAUAUGAACAUACUUCUGAAAUGACUGUGAAACCUUGAAAACCACGUGGAACGUGUUCUGGGGUCAGUGUGGCAGAGGGGACGUCCCCUGGUGGUCACAUCAGUGAUCACAGGGAACUAGUUAUCAUGAAGCUGGUUAACCAAACAGCGACACCUGGCGACAAAUCUGGGUACUGCAGUAGUAAACCAAAAAAAAUGAUAGAGCCGUAAACUGAUGUAGAAACUAUAGAUAAGUUAUAUCCAUACAAUGAAAAACUAUAAAUAUUGUAAUUAUUAUUACAAGCAAAAUUAGAUAGUAAAAUAUUCAUGAAAAUGUGAUCUUUACUACAUUAUGACAAUUGAAUAUGCAUCUAUAUUAAUGGUCCACUAGGCUGUUGGUGGUAAAAUAACAAUGUUAUAACCCAGAGUUAAACUUCUAUCCCUCAUUAAGGAUCCGGUACGAUUUGGAAACAUGGAUAACAAAGUGAUCUUCAUCAUUGUUUCCCAAACUAGGGGUCAGGAGAGAUAAAUAACUUCAGUUCAAAAAGGUCUUCAGCUUUAUGGCAAAGCCGGUCACAAGUCUCCGUUAGUUCAUGGGUCAGAGGCCGGACAGUGUGGGAACCCCUGAUCUCACGUUAAAGUGCGUCAGCUUCAUAACACUAAAACAGUUCAGGCCAAAGAGUCGGACAACGUGCUAAUGUCGAACCCGGCCCCAGGUUUGUUCUUCUCGUAGCUGGAACUUUUACAGCUUGUUUGUGUGACCUGAGGAUCAAUAGAAAAUAGUCUUCUCUUCAGAAGAUCCUCCUUUAAAAAUAACCUGGAUGCCAGCACAUGACGGUGUAAAUAAAUGCAUGUACUUCUUCCCACACAAUGUGACGAGUGUCAGAAAACUGGUAUUUAACCUCAAGUCAUCCUUUUUAAAAACACAUUCAGUUGUAGGAAGUCCAGGUUCACAGCAGUGAAUCUGUGCUUUUAGUGUGGUCGGAUCAAAUCUGUGUCCAAGGUCACGGCCCCGUCGUGCUGCUGUUCCUGUGUAAACGUGCUGUUGUGGCUCUGUGAUGAAGUGUUGCUUCAACAGGACGGUGUCCUUGUCCAAUGGCUGUGAGUGAGUGUGUGUGUGAGAAAUGAGUGAAAGACCAUGUCAAUCAAUGCAAAUCACUGAUGUUGAAUCUUAUAAAACAUUUUAUUUUCUGAACUUGAACUGUGACGGUGACGUCCAGGCAAUAAAAUGAGAAUGGAAACCUGAA